AUGGCACGUCUGUGGCUCAUAACGGGAUGCUCCUCCGGCUUUGGCCGUGAAAUUGCAAUCGCUGCGGCACGUAUUGGGGAUACAGUAAUUGCUGCGUCACGUAGUCCUGAGAAAUUAGAGGACCUCAAGAAAGCAGGGAAUAUUAUCCCACAGGCAUUGCAUGUCCGUGCAAGUGAUGAACAGGUGAAGUCAACAGUGUCAGAUAUUCUAGCUCGUUUCGGCCACAUCGACAUCCUUGUGAAUAAUGUCGGAUAUAUCUUAGAGGGAGCUAUUGAAGAAUGCAGUUCACAAGAGAUAGAAGCUAUAUUUGACACCAAUGUCUUCAGCCAAAUGCGGCUGUUGCGAGCUGUCUUGCCCUCAAUGCGAGCCCGACGUUCCGGCGUUGUCGCCAACAUGGGUUCUAUUGGCGGGUGGUCUGGAACUCCUGCAGCUGGGCUCUAUUGCGCCAGUAAGGCAGCCAUCGCAAUUUAUACUGAAUCGUUGAGAGGAGAGCUUGCUCCUUUUGAUAUCCAGGUGGUUUGCAUUGAGCCUGGUUAUUUUCGCACCAAUUUCUUGUCCGGAAACCAUAAAAUCAGCGUUCAAAAGCCGCUUCCAGAAUUAGAACCGGCAACAUCGGGAACCCGGUCUGCUCUCGCUGCUUAUAAUCAGCAUCAACCCGGCGAUCCAGUAAAGGGCGCCGCCAUCAUAGUUGAAGCUCUUACAGGAACAGGUCGCUGUCAAGGACGACAGCUGCCCCCACGUCUAGCCUUGGGACGGGAUGCGAUUGCCGCUAUUACCAGCGCUAUUGACCGCAACCGGGACAGUCUUGAGCAAUGGAAAGACGUAGUUAUGGCGACCGACUUAUGUUCUCGUCGUGAACGCAAGGGUCUUAUUGGGCAUGUUACCAGUGGACCGCUGUACAUCUUGAUCGUUCAUCGUUUCUCUCAGAACACCCAAAAACCUCAAGUCACUCUCAACAUCAUGGCACCUGCGAAAGUAUGGUUAAUUACUGGCGCCUCCUCUGGCAUCGGCCUUGAGCUUGCCAAAGUGGCAGCAGCUCGCGGAGAUUCAGUCAUUGCAGCAACACGAAGCCCUAAGAAGAUUGAGGCCUUAGGCUUGUCUAAGAAUAUCAAGGCAGCUCAUCUUGAUCAUAAUGAGCCUCUGCCUCAGAUCAAAACUGCAAUGCAAGACAUUUUAUCCAUUUUCGGUACGGUCGAUAUUGUUGUGAACAAUGCAGCGUAUGUCCAAACUGGCAUGUUGGAAGAACUCUCUCCCGAAGAAUCAUUGCAACAAUUUCAAGUCAAUGUACUUGGACCUAUGAAUAUUUAUCGUGCUAUACUGCCACAUUUACGAGAGAAAGGCUCUGGUACCCUUGUCACCAUUGGCUCAAUGGCGGCUUGGUAUCCUAUGCCUGGCUGUAAUGCUUAUAAUGCAUCUAAAGCUGCAAUUCGCUGGUUGGGUAUUGGAUUAGCUGGCGAAGUCGCUCAGUUUGGAAUUCGACACACUCUAGUUGAGCCUGGCUUUUUCCGUACAGAGCUGCUCAACCCGAACGCCAAUUUCGCGACAACGUCCAAAACCCAGCGAUUGCCAGCUUAUGCAGAAUUGAACGCUACUACAGACAAAAAUUUCGUCAAUUUCCAUGGCGCCCAACUUGGCAAUCCAGUCAAAGGUGCGGAAAUUCUAUAUGACGUGGUUACAUCAUCUGGAGUCGCUGCAGGUAAAGAAUUGCCAGAUUUUCUGCCUCUGGGAAGUGAUGCUAGCGAUGAAAUAUCGAAGGCUGCGUCUAAAACGAUAGCUACGAUUGAUGAAUGGCGUGAUAUCAGCGCUAUGAGUGAUUUCACUGCUGGCAAAUAAAAAGUCUUCUAUCUUUAUAUGGCAGGAAUGAUGAUUGAAAAUCUAGUGCACUGCAUAGACUGACCUAGUUUUGAGAUGAUCAUGUUAGAUUAGGACAGAAAUUAGAGUUAUGUCAUAGCCAAAUAAAUUUAGCUGACACAGGGUUC